UUCACAAUUAAAUACAAUGCAAAAUAAUUCAAAGGGAUUAAUCCAAAAUAAUAAUUGUAAUGACCUAUAUUCCUGACACACUAUGACUAUAAAUAACAAGUCAUACAAAUCAUUGCAUUAUAAAAUGUAAAUGACCAUAUGGAGCUUCAAGCACUUGCUAUUGUAACAUCUGGAAAGGGAAUAAAUGAAAGAGCCAGGAAGGAAUUCAAACUCUGAACUCCAGGCAGAGGCUCUAACCAUUUUAGCUACUUGGCUAUUGCAGCUCAGCUCAGUCCAGUUCUGCUACAAUGUGUAUACAACGGUAUAAUAUGUGUCUGAUUAUGGAAUCUAAGUCAUGGAGUAAUUAAUCUACUCGUAUAAUAUAUAUGCAUAAAAAUGAGCUAAUGACUAGCCAGGGAUUUACUUUAUGGUAAUGACAUCUAUAUUUUUUUUCCAUUCAGGAUAUCUACAUAAUGGGAACAAAGUGACCAUUUAAUACACAGGUCUGCUACAGACAGGUGGACUGCCAUCCAUCAUCUCACGAUGUCUGUCACAAUGUCUGUCACACUAAACUCUGGCGGGGUUAUGCCUCUCAUUGGAUUUGGAACAUUUAAAAUCAAGGGGAAAGAACUGGUGUAUAAGGUCCUGGAUGCUGCUCUUGCAGCAGGAUACCGUUCUAUAGAUACAGCAUCAGUGUACAGGAAUGAAGAAGAUAUUGGAGAGAGUCUAAAGGAACUCCUUCCCAAAUAUGGACUGAAGAGACAAGAUAUCUUCAUCACCAGUAAAUUAGGUCCCAAAGACCAGGGGUGUGGUCGGUGUAGACAGAGUUGUCUUCAGUCCCUCCACAGCCUUCAGCUGGACUACCUGGAUCUUUACCUCAUACACUGGCCGGGGACACAGGGUAUGCAGCCGGGUGAUGCUCGGCACCGUGACCUUCGUCUUCAGAGCUGGAGCGACAUGAUCAAACUACAGACAGAAGGGAAGCUUAAAGCCAUAGGUGUGUCCAACUUUCUACAACAUCACAUAGAUGACCUUAUAAAGGCUACACAACACAAUCCAGCUGUCCUACAGAUUGAGUACCACCCACACCUGAUCCAGCGAGGGUUGGUAGACUUCUGUAUCAGUAAAGGAAUACACUUCCAGGCUUACUCGUCUCUAGGGACCACCACAGACCACAACACACUGCUGACAGACCCAGUUGUAUCCACUAUUGCCAAACAAAGAGGAGUAUCUCUCGCUCGAGUUCUCCUCCGCUGGGCUGUACAACGGGGUAUAGGUGUCAUCCCUAAGUCUACAGAUUCCGACCACAUUCGGGACAACAUGGAUAUAUUUUCUUUCUCCCUCAGUGAUGAAGAAAUGGUCAGUCUGGACCAACUGGACACUCAGUCCCAUCUCUGCUGGAAUCCCAGUCAAGUGUUAUGACCCAAACUAUUAAACUUGUUUAUUCAUGAAUCCAAGGACCAGGUCAAGAUGAUUAUCAGCUUACUUCAGGGGUGCUGUAAUCUUUAUAUGAACACUAAAGUGGAGACAAAAUGUUUUUGUUACAGUUGAACACUGUUAUGGUGAAACAGUGUUACCAUUGAACAGUGUUACAGUUGAACAUUGUAACGGUUGAACAUUGUUACAGUUGAACAUUGCUACUGUUGAACAGUGUUAUGGUGGAAGUGUUACCCUUGAACAGUGUUAUGGUGAAAGUGUUACCCUUGAACAGUGUUACAGUUGAACAUUAUUACGGUUGAACAUUGUUACUGUUGAACAGUGUUAUGGUGGAACAAUGUUAAGGUUGAACAUUAUUACAAUUGAACAUUACUACUGUUGAACAGUGUUGUGGUUGAACAGUGUUACCGUUGAACAGUGUUAUGGUGGAACAGUGUUACGGUUGAACAGUGUUAUGGUGGAACAGAGUUACAGUUCCAACGUUGUGGGAAAUAUUAUGGUAGUCGAAAGCAAAAUAUACUGUAAAUAAAUAA